AUGGCUACUAAGUUUUUUCUUCUGUUGAUACUACUAUCUCAUGUUGCAUCAUCUCUCUCAGAAGGAUGUCACCCACAAGACAAAAAAGCCCUUCUCCAAAUCAAGAAAGAACUCAACAACCCAAGUCUUCUCUCUUCAUGGAAACCGCAUACUAAUUGUUGUGACUCUAGUUGGUACGGUGUUAUUUGCGCACCUUCUAACAACCGUGUUUACUCUAUACUUUUCGAAAGCAAUGAUGAUCUUGCUUUUCCAUUUCCACCUUCUAUAGGUAACCUACCUACCUUGGAGAACAUACUUAUAUACAACUUACCACACCUCACUGGCUCAAUCUCUCACUCUAUAACCAAACUCACCCAUCUCAAAUCCCUCACAAUAUCAAAAACAGGCUUAUCAGGUCCAAUACCAAACUUCAUUGGCAAAUUGAAAAACCUCACUUUCUUGGAUCUUUCUGAGAAUCGCCUCUCCGGGACACUUCCUCCUCACCUCUUCCAUUUGCCUAAUUUUGAAGCAAUGUACCUUCAAAACAACAAGUUAACAGGUUCAAUCCCUUCUUCAUUCGCAAGGUUGAACUCUUUGGUUGUCGACUUGUCUCAUAACAGGCUUGAAGGUGAUGCCUCAAUGUUUUUUGGUAUUGCGAAAAAGACAGAAACGAUCGACCUUUCGUGGAACAUGCUGGCGUUUGAUAUGGGAGGGCUAGAGUUUCCUGAGAAGUUAAAGCAUUUGGAUGUGAGUCAUAAUCGGGUUUAUGGAAAUCUCCCUGAGGUGGUGAAGAAUUUGGAGUGGUUGGAUGUGAGUUACAAUAGACUAUGUGGUGAGAUUCCAAAGGGCGGCAUAUUGCAGGCAUUGGGUAUGAGUUCUUUCUCUCAUAACAGGUGCUUAUGUGGUUCUCCUCUUCCAAGCUGCAAGUGA